AAUUCCCCUCCCUCAACAUUUCAAAAAACACCCACCAUGACAAAAUACCAAACCUAAUAAACCUUCAACAAAGAAAAGAAGAACCAACAAAGAAGAAAAGGAAAAAAAAACAUAAACCCCACCAAGGAAAUAUAAUAAGAAAUGAAACCCAAACCACCAGAUUUGCAAUUCAAACUGCAACACAAAAACACAACCUGAAAAUGGAUUAAACCCUCUCCGAAUCUCUUCUUGGUUCCUCCUUUCUUUCCAUCUUCUCUUCCUCAUUCCUUGUGUUCAUGUCUAGGGUUUUUGCUUGAGAGAGAGAGGAAUGGAAAUUAGGGAAUGGGAGUAUGGGGUGCCACAAGUGAGUGUGAUAGGGGAUGGGUAUUGUUUCCCAUAUUGCAAGGAGUUGGUGGUGAAGAAAAAGAUUAAGGGACUCUCGAAUGCCCAAUUCGAAGUCUUCGACCCUUGUGGCAAUGUCAUCCUCCAUGUUGAAGGUGGUGUCUGGAACUACCGUAUGAAGCGUGUUUUUCGAGAGCCUUCCGGAUUCCCCAUCCUCACUAUGUAUGGCAAGACCAUAACAUUAUGGCACAAAUGGAGGGCAUACAUCAACGAGGAGAGCCCAUCAUCAGAGCGAAUGAAUGACAACAACAAUCUUUUGUUCACGGUGAAGCAAUCUCACCCUCUCCAAAUCAAGAAGGAUCUCAAUGUUUACCUUUCUGACCAUCAUAUUCUUAGCAACGGCAAUAUGAACAACCCUACGAAGAAAAUCGGUGCGCCCGACUUCAAUGUCAUUGGCUCCUAUACCUCCCUCUCCUUCAAAGUGUACAAAGGCCAUAGGAUCUUGGCGGAAGUCAAACACAACUUCACCUUGGAGAGCUUCUACAAGGGGAAGGAAAGGUACACCAUCAAAGUCUAUCCUGAGGUUGAUUAUGCCUUUAUCAUCGCCCUCCUUGUUAUCAUUGACGAGAACGAUACUCCUUAGACUAAUAAUUUUUGUUCCAAUUGCUAUAUGUAUAAGUUUGGUUAGUGCGAAUCGAUCAUAUGGUCAUUUCCCACGUCGAGAGGAUUGAAUUGACAAACCUUCGAGAAAAAUAUUUAGUAAAAAAUGUCGAGGCUAAACAAUCGUGUAAAUUGUAACAUUAUGAGUAAUGUUUUUUUUUGUUGUAAUAUAACUUAUUGUGGAUUGUUGGUGGCAAUGGCGAAUUGGCGAUGGCAAAAGGUUAUGCAUUUACCAAUACAAUUUGAUUGAAUGAUUGUAAGUUUGUAACGUUAAAAUUUAAGUUGAGAAGUUCUC